AUGAUGAAAUUUCAGUUGACACAAAGAUUUUGGUUCCUUGUAUUCAUUAUAUUGAAUUGUUUUGUUGCCGUAACAAGUUUUAUAUUAUUUGUAUUAAGUAUAAAAGCCGAGGAUAAUCUACUUAAAUAUAAAUUAAUAUUACAAUAUACAAUACCAGCAAUUUAUCCAACAGGAAUAUUUACAGGAAGUCUUGGUUUAAUAACAGCAUGUUUAGGAUUUUUUGGAUUAUGGAAACAAAUGAAUAUUUUAUAUCUUUUACAUGUAAUUUGUUUGUCCUUAGCAACAAUCAUCAAUCUAUGUAUAGCUAUUGUAACACUGAUAACUGAUCAUCAAUUUUUUAUAAAUGCUAAAGAAGCAUUAAAUACUACUAUUAAAUAUUAUUAUAAGAAUGAUGAAUAUGCAGAUGAAUUUGAUGAAUUACAUAGAAAAUUUUUCUGUUGUGGAGUUAAUUCGUAUGCUGAUUUUAAAAAAGCUAAAGUAUUAAUACCAUUCUCGUGUAGAGUUGGUCAGUAUGUUUAUGCAAGUGGUUGUUUUGAUGAAUUAAGUGAAUACAUACAAUAUUACAUAACAUUAUUAUCAUCAAUUUGUUUUACUACACCAUUUAUCUAUGCUGUAUUCAUAGGUGUAGCAAUUAGAAAUCUUCGUAAAUCAAUUAAAGGAAUAAAUUCAUCUUCAUAA